AUGAGGCAGCUACAAGGAGGGAAAUAUAAGGGCAAUCUCGAGACUCCUGACGAAAUAAACACAAUAUACUGUCUGACUAAAGAACUUGGAAAGGGCGCUUAUGGAACCGUCUAUCUUGCAGAGAACCGUGAAACCAAGAAACAGUGCGCCGUCAAGCGUAUUGACGACGUUUUUCGCACGAGCACAGAUGCAAAGCGCACCUUACGAGAGAUUAGCAUAUUACGUCGUUGUAACCACCCCAACAUAGCUAGAUUAGAAGAUAUCUUGCUCCCCAAAAAUGAAGAGCGCUUUACGCAAUUAUGGAUUGUUCAAGAAUACGGCGGAUGGGAUCUAACGAAAGUGCUGAAGAGUAGCAAGCACAUUUCUGGUUGGUGCGACAAGCACGUCAAGAGUAUCGUCUAUCAAAUGCUCUGCGGAUUGCUCUACAUGCAGAGUGCGAACCUCAUUCACCGCGACCUCAAGCCCUCCAACAUUCUCCUCGACGGCAACUGCAACGUCAAAAUCAUCGACUUCGGCCUCGCUCGGCAAAUCGACUCCUCCGCUCGCACCCUCCCACGACGCAACUCCAUGGUUUGGGAAGCCCACGAGCGGACGCUGGAGCGCCAAUUGACGCAGCACGUCGUCACGCGCUGGUACCGCGCGCCCGAGCUCAUCACGCUGCAAAACCACUACAACGCGUCGAUCGACAUGUGGUCCGUCGGCUGCAUCAUGGAGGAACUGCUGCAGACGCUGGAGGCGGACACGGUGAGAAUCCGCCCGCUGUUCCCGGGCACCACGUGCUUCCCGCUGAGCGCCCCGCGGAAGGAGAAGAACCGCCAGGAGAAAAUGGCGCAGGAGUUUCACGCGGAGACGCACCAGCUGGAGAAGAUCUUCGAGAUCAUCGGGACGCCGAGUCGCGAGGACAUCGAGGCGAUGGACGACGGCGUGAUGAAGACGUUUUUGCUGAAUUUGGAGCCCAUGGAGGGCGAGGACUUCGAGGAAUUGCUGCCGUCGGCGCCGCCGGAAGCGAUUUCGCUGCUGAAAGGAAUGCUGCAGUUCAACCCGGAGAAGCGGAUUUCGGUGCGGGAGGCGCUGAAGUCGCCGUAUUUCGAUGAGAUUCGGAAUGGAGAGUGCGAGAUCGAGGCGCCGGAAGCGAUGUAUUUCCCGUUCGAGGAGCUGCCGGAGAGCUCGGAGGCCACGGAGAAGAAGCAGAUUCGGCAGAUGAUUUAUAAGGAGGCGCUGUUGUUUGCGUAG